AUGGCUGUUGGCGGUUGCUUUUGCGGAAAUGUUCGUGUCGAAUAUAGUGGCCAGCCCAUCAAAGCUGCACUAUGUCAUUGUAUUGAUUGUCGAAAACUGACUGGGACUCUUUUCACCUACAGUUUUAUCGUCAAAAACACUGACCUGAAAGUCACCGGAAGUCCUAAGGAAGUGCCAAAGACAGCCGAUAGUGGCAAUUAUAUAAAGAAUUAUUUCUGUCCGGAUUGUGGCACACCGCUUUAUGGCAUGAGAGUGAACUCUGAUGGAGCGGCGGCUGACGGCGUAACAGUCCUCCGGGCGGGCAUUUUUGAUGACCUUGAAGUUCUUAACGAACACAAGGCCGAGCUGGAAAUCUACGUCGAUGGACGUGUAAACUGGCUCACUGCUGUUGAGGGGGCUGAUGAGUGUGUUGGCAUGCCGCCUCCAUCUAGCUAG